AUGAGAAUAGAGGCGACAUCGUGGGAGGCCAAGGCCGCGGCCAAGAGGGCAAGCACAAGGGCCAGAAUUCCACCUUCGUGGAGGCUGAGCGCAGACGACCUUCAAAGGGCCAAGAAUCAGCGAGAUCUCACAGGACCCUUUAUUCGCCAAUUUCUGCCACCGCAUGUCAAUAGCAUCACCUCCAAGGAUAGCCUUGAGCUGGUCGAGUCUCUGAGGCGAGGAGACCUGACCGCCGUCGAGGUCACGACGGCAUUCUGCAAGACGGCUGCUGUCGCACACCAGAUUAACAACUGCCUUCACGAGAUAUUCUUCGACGAGGCCAUUGAGCUCGCAGCCCAUCUCGAUGCACACUUUGCUCAGCACAAAACGGUGGUAGGGCCCUUGCAUGGCCUUCCAAUCAGCCUGAAGGACCAAUUUUAUGUCAAAGGCGUCGAUACGACCAUGGGCUAUGUGGGAUGGAUUGGCAGUAAUUUGGGUGUCACUCACCCAAGCCAGAUACACACACUCGAAAGCCAAGUUGUAAGCGAGCUGCUGUCUCUGGGUGCUGUGCUGUACUGCAAGACAAGCGUGCCGCAGACUCUUCUGUUUGGAGAGACCAAGAACAACAUCAUCGGCCAGACUCUGAACCCACACAACCAAAACUUAUCAUGCGGCGGAUCGUCUGGUGGUGAAGGAGCGCUGCAGGCCCUGAGAGGCAGCACGCUUGGAGUUGGCACCGAUAUUGGUGGCUCGGUUCGUAUUCCCGCCGCCUUCAACGGAAUAUUCUCCUUGAAGCCAACACCUCAGAGAGUGUCGUAUCGUGAUGCUGCCAACACGAACCCAGGACAGAACACCUAUCGCUCUACUGUUGGCUUUCUCAGCACUUCGCUGGAUGGCCUCGAGCUCAUUUUCCGAGGAAUUUUGUCUACGAAGCCGUGGUUGAAUGAUCCUGCUGUUGUGCCAAUAGCCUUUCGUCAGGCCAUUAUUGAUGAUUACACCUGCCGCGUGGAACUCAACGGAUUAGUCAAGGAAUCCAAGCAGCCGCUAAAACUUGGUGUUCUAUGGACAGAUGGCAUUGUCCAGCCUCACCCUCCAGUCACACGUGGCCUGAACAUUCUGGUAGCUGCACUCAAACAAGCAGGCCAUCUGGAAUCGUUUUUAACGGCCGACGGCGCACAUGACAUCCACGGGCACCUCGAUCUAUCUGGGGAACCACUAAUAGCAGAUCUUCAGGAGGAAUUCCAGCUGAAACCCCCCAUUGGGCUGCUCCAAUACCAGGAAAAUACUCUAGAGGGGCUAUCUUAUGAGGCUAAGUAUUCAGACUACUGGAACCAGACCGCGAGUGAUGACGGUCAGAUUGUGGAUGCCGUCAUCAUGCCUGUUGCUCCCCAUGCGGCAGUUAUCCCUGGAAAGUAUUACCACACAGGAUAUACCAAGGUUAUCAACCUGCUGAACUACAGCGCGGUCGUAAUUCCCGUGACGAGAGCCGAUAAAAGUAUUGACACUAUAGAUGGUAGUUAUUGCCCUGAAAAUGAGACAGACCAACGCAACUGGGAUGCAUACGAUCCUCAAGUCUACGAUGGAGCGCCAGUCGGAGUCCAGCUAGUUGCUCGAAAGUUUGAAGAGGAAAAGAUUUUGGCCAUUGCAAAAAUAGUGGUUGCUGUCCUUGAGGAGGCAAAAAAUAUGAGAAAGAAUGAUUGA